CGGAGCGAGACAACGCGCGCCAGCGCAUCUCGAAAAUCGAAUUUCUUUUAAACACGCGAAACAAAUCGAUAAUAAAUUUAAUCGAUAUUAUUAGUGUUAGCUGCCAGUGAUUCUAUGAAGUAUUUAUUCACUGUGAUGCAGUAGUGAUGUGAUGUGAUCUCGAUGAUAUAAUAUUGACGAAAGAAAGAAAAACACAAAUUGGAUUUUCUGAGAAAUAGACAAGUUUGCGUGGGACGAAAUACACAGAUGAAAAGAUGACGAGGAAGUUUCUUUUCUGUUUCCCUUUAAGGGUGGGGAAUAUUAUAUUCGGAUACAUUGUAAUACUGAUAGCAAUAGCGACAGUGGCCUUCAAUUUGUACCAGCUUGGCUUGAACGUGACCAACAACUACUUCGAGAAGGAUGGAAAGUUUCGAAACUUCGAGAAUCUUGAGAGCAUAUUUGGAUCCACAAAGGACUCGCUGGAGAGGAUAAUCGUCCUUACAUAUUACCUCACGUAUAUUACAAUAGGAAUGAUGCUCUUCCUAUUUGCUAUUAUGUUUACCGCAGGCGCUUAUAAGGCGAACCACUGUUUAGUGACAACGUUCUUCGUGUACAGUUUCUUCCACCUCUUCUUCUCAGUGAUAUUGAUUAUCUGGGAAGCACUGACUGCCGGCUGGAUACAACUGGGAUUAGUCGCCCUGUUUGACUUGCUCCUCAUAGUUUGCCUGUUCAGCGUCAAAUAUUUGAUGGAAGCAAUCAGAACAGGGAACAUCUACUGCCGGCCAGGAGAAGUUUACUAUAAAUACUAAUUUAUUGCUAAACUAAGACCCAAUAUUCCUUGAACAAGUCACAAGUACAGUACAGUAAAUGUAAGAAGAAGUUGUAGAUUUGUUAUUCGAUUUUAAUACUUAUUUACAGAUUUGAAUAAGUACUUAUUCAUUGCUUAGCUUGUGAGGUCAAUGACACUGUAUAUGUUUGGACGCUAUUUAAUGUAGAUUAUUUUGUCUCAAUUAAAAUACUACCAUUAAUACUAUAUACUUUAUACUUCAGUCAUAAGCAUCAGAUACUCUAAUUGAAAACAAUGUUUAUUGUUACAUAAAUAUAAGCUAUUUUCAUUUUUAUCCGAAAAUAGAUUAGACUUUUUCAAAUAGUGACCUGUUUAACGUGUUAGUUAAGUUAGCUCAAUGAAUCAUCAAAUUUUGUAACUCUAUGCCCAAAUUUAGUGUUUAAUACUUCAUUAGGUAUCCCCUAACUGUACAGAUACCGUUAGUAACAAGAAAGUAUAUCGUCUCGUUUGAAGCCAUACUUGGAAAUUACGUUUGUAUCAAUCUAUGCCAUCUUAUCACAAUUUACAAUCUAGAUUUAAAAUUAUAACAAAGUUUCUGUGAAUUGUGUCAAUUUCGAGACAUUUCUUUAAAACCUGGUAAAUAAUAAGUGUCUUCAGAAUACGUUGUGUUUAAUUCCUAAAACAGAAGACGAAUCUACAUAUUGAUUGGUUUAAUACGAACUUUUGUGAAAUGAAUUGUAUAACCUGGAUUUAUUUAAUAUAAAAAAUUAAGAUCUAAAAGUCAAUACGUUGUCGACAUCCAAAUUAGAAUUGUUAACAUGUAGUUAAUCAAUUGUUAAAUCAUUCAGUACAAUUCUGAAGGCACUAACUCCUUAUUGGUGACCUAGAAUAAUGAAGUUAUCAAUAAUUUUCAAGUUAAAAACAUUGUAUUUAUUAAAUAAAAACACAACACAAGAAAUCACAACAGUCUUACAUAAUCUAAUUGAAAUAUUUAUGUAAAAUAUAUUUUACAAAAACUGGUUUAACAAUCAUAAACAUAAUAAAGCUCAAAACAUUCCAAUAUCACAAAUUCAUCCAUCAAUCAAUCAAU